UUGAAAAUCGGACCUGGCAACACUGUCUGUGACAAAAAGGCAAAGGGCGCGAGGGGAAGGGAAACUUUAAUUUAUUUGUAUUUUGUAAAAUAAAAUAAAAAAUGACGACAAUUAGACCAUUUACGUGUGAAGAUAUGUUAAAAUUUAACAACGUAAAUUUGGAUCCUCUCACAGAAACCUAUGGGUUAUCAUUUUAUACCCAAUAUUUGGCUCAUUGGCCAGAGUAUUUUCAAGUUGCUGAAUCCCCCAGUGGAGAAAUAAUGGGUUAUAUUAUGGGCAAAGCCGAGGGUCACGGUGAAAACUGGCAUGGGCAUGUCACAGCCCUCACUGUUAGCCCAGAUUACAGAAGACUUGGUCUUGCUGCUACUUUAAUGAAUAUUUUAGAAGAUGUAUCAGAAAAGAAGAAAGCUUAUUUUGUAGACUUGUUUGUGAGAGUGAGCAACAAAGUAGCAAUAAAUAUGUAUAAAAAUCUUGGUUACAUUGUAUAUAGAACUGUAUUAGAGUACUAUUCUGGAGAUCCUGAUGAAGAUGCUUAUGAUAUGAGAAAGGCUUGUUCUAGAGAUGUUAAUAAAAAGUCUGUGAUACCAGUUACUCAUCCUGUUCGUCCUGAAGAUGUUGACUGAGGCUGAUAAUAAAGUGUUAUCAUGUAUAUCUGUUUUAUUUUUUGUUUGAAAAUCAAAAUCUGUUAACUAAGCAGUGGCGUAGCAUGGGGGGGGGCGGGGGGUGCGGUCCGCACCGGGCGGCACUUUGCCGGGGGCGGCGCUGCGGAGGUGGCAGAUAGAGAAAAAAAAUUAAAAUAUAAAAAAAAGUUAAUUUCUUUCAGUUUUUUUUCGUCAUUUUUUUGUUGUUGUUACCAAAUACCCAGGUACCUAUGCAGGUUCUAUGCUUGGGUGAUGCAAGCGCAAGGUUUCUCAAUAACUAUUAUUUAGGAAUUAUUGUAUUACGUUUUCUCUGUAAUUUUUCUAAGUGAUAUUGUGAUAGUCUACCUUCUACUCUAUGUCAAAAAAUGUUAAUUUCACUCUUAGGUUAGUGUUAUUCAAUAAAAGUACUCUUUUUACCAUGCCUCAAUUUUUUUAUAAUGUAUUGCAAAAAUAAGAGGGCGGCAAUUUUGGAAUCCGCACCGGGUGCUAGUGACCUAUGCUACGCCACUGUAACUAAGAUGCCCUGGUAACCUUCACUAGAGUAUUCAACUGGAGAUGAAAACCAAUAAUUUAUUAUUGUUGCAUAUCUUGUUUAUAGCAGCAAACAAAAUAGAGGAAUUUUAUUAUAGCAAAAUGUUGUUUUGUAUACUAUACCAUAGUUAUCAUUAUCAAAGAAACAUUUAUUGUUCAUUUGUCUGAGUUGAAUCUUGAUCUGUUUCUGUUGUUUCUUGUUGUUUUCGCCAUUGUUUUGCCCUUGCCAGUAAUUUGAGAUUUGGUCUGACCAUUUCAUCUUCAGGAAAUAUAUAGUCAAAUACUUCUUCCCAACCUUCUUCAACCCCUUCAUCGCUGACUAUUUUCUGCCUCUUUUUCACUCUUCUUGGCAAUUUAACCUGAACUUUUUCAAGUUGGAUUUCAUCUCCAAUAUCAGUUUCAAAAUCUUUCCAUGCUUCAAGUAGAAGCACUCUAGAUUCUUUUUCACCAGCACUUCUCAGACUGUCAUUUGCACGCUCAUAUACACGUCUUGCUAAUUCAACAUUUAUGUUGUCAGGAUUCUCAGCAUUUAAUUCAAAUUUUGCAUAAGAUAGCCAUACUUUGACAUGUACUGUUCUUUCAAGUAACCUUUCAUAAAGUUGUCUAGCUUUUUCUGUUUCCCCUUGAGAUACUUCAAAGUCUAUAUAACUUUUCCAAAGAAGUUCUGGCAUAUCCAAUCUGGGCUGAUUUACAGCUAUUUCAUAAAUUGCUCUUGCUCUAUCUAUAUCACCUAAUAAUGUUUCCAAUUCACCAAAUUUUAUCCAAGUAAUACAGUUCUCAGGGCCAUAUUCUAAGAACUUCUGAUACAAUAUUCUACAUCUGUCAAAUUCUCUAAGUUGGAUUUCUAAAUCUAUGUAACCUCUGUAAAGUUUGUCUCUUGGGCACAUCCCUAAUGCCAUUCCCAAAGUCUUCCUUGCUUGUUUCAAAUCUUUGCAUCUUACUUCAAACUGUGCAUACAUAAGCCAUAUUUUAGAAAAUGUGAAUAUUUUAUGUGGUAUCAACUCCAAGCAUGUUCUAUAUACUUGUCUAGUGCGUUCAAUAUCUUCUGCUUCUAAUUCCUCAUACAAAGCAUAGUUUAUCCAUAGGUAAAUAUACCUCCUCCAGAAUUGUUUGUCUUUUGAUGGAGGAACAUUUGCAAUAGCUCUUUCAUAAGUAUCCCUGAUAUCAUCUACAUUAGCCUCAUUCUCUACUAGUCUAAUAUAGUCAAACCAAGCAUCAUAAUUUGUAGGGUUCUCUAUAACUUCUUGUUCGUACAUAUACUUGCGUUUGUUUACUAUGACAUCUUCAAUUCCAGACCGGUCACCAUAUUUCUUUUCAUGUAUUGUAUAGGCUUUGUAGAGUUCUUUAUUUCUAUCUUUAGGUAUGUGAUCUAGUGCAUACUUAUAAAUAACUCUGGCGCGAUCAUGUUCUUUUUGGUUUUCUUCAAACUUUGCAAAAGCAAUGAAAAGCCUUUCAUCAAGUUCCUCAUCUCCAAAAAACUCAACAGCUCUCUCAUAUACUUUUCUGGCACCAUUAAUAAAACCAUGAUUUUCUUCAAAUUUUGCAUAUUUGAUCCAAUUCUUAACAUCAGGAUGGACCAUAACAAACCUUUCAUAUAUUUGUCUAGCUCUAUCUAAUUCUUUAUACCUUAACUCAAAGUUUAUGUAAGUUUGCCAAGCCUGUUCAUCUGGUUGCCAUUCCAUCCAUCGCUCAAAAAC